ACUGUAAACAUCCUGCCGAUUUUAAAAGGACAGCGCUGAGCGGGAGGAAGGCGGCUGGCGCCAUCUUGGCUGUUUUAAUGAGUACAACAGGGGAGAGCUCGCUGGGAGAAAUUACAUAAUCUUUGUGAUUUCACUGUAAGAAGGCUCCUCUCGGUAAACCACACCACAGUUGGCGUGUUUGAACCAGGGGAACCAGGGCAAUGUUCUACGCCCACUUUGUCCUCAGCAAACGUGGGCCGCUGGCCAAGAUAUGGCUAGCGGCCCAUUGGGACAAAAAGCUGACCAAGGCCCACGUGUUUGAAUGCAACUUGGAGAGCAGUGUGGAGAGCAUCAUCUCACCUAAGGUGAAGAUGGCAUUGCGUACUUCUGGUCACUUGCUCCUUGGAGUGGUGCGAAUCUACCACAGAAAGGCUAAGUACCUGCUUGCUGACUGUAAUGAAGCCUUCAUAAAGAUCAAGAUGGCCUUUAGGCCAGGUGUCGUGGAUCUACCUGAGGAAAAUAGAGAGGCUGCAUAUAAUGCCAUCACUUUACCCGAGGAGUUCCAUGACUUUGACCAGCCACUUCCCGAUCUGGAUGACAUCGAUGUGGCUCAGCAGUUCACCUUGAACCAGAGCAGAGUAGAAGAGAUCACCAUGAGGGAAGAUGUUGGAAACCUCAGCCUCUUGCAGGAUAAUGACUUCGCUGACUUUGGCAUGGAUGACCGGGAGAUGAUGCGUGAUGCUAGCACAUUCGAAGAUGACCUAAUGCAGGGUGCCACUGCCCCUAACCUGUUGCUCGAGGCUGAGCCAGGUCCAGCUAAUCUUCCUGACAAAUCAAACCAUAUGGACUAUGAUGACUUUGGUGAUGGCUCCAUGGGCAACAGUGAUGGUGGAAUGCUAGUGGACAAGCUGCUGAGUUCUGAAGAUGGAGGUGGCAUCUUUGAUGAUCCUCCAGCUAUCACAGACAGCGUCAUGAUGCCUCCAGAUCACGGGGAUGAUGAGGAUGAUUUUGACAACCUUCAGUCUCCGGGUCCAGACAGUCCUGAUUCUGGCCCAGCAGAGCAGUUACCAGCAAUGGCUGACCAGACGGAGCAGACCACUCUUGUUCACAAUGAAGAGGAGGCCUUUGCCCUGGAGCCCAUCGACAUCACUGUUAAAGAGACCAAGGCAAAACGUAAAAGAAAGCUCAUUGUUGACAGUGUGAAAGAGUUGGACAGUAAGACUAUCAGAGCCCAGCUGUCUGACUACUCUGACAUCGUGACCACCCUGGAUCUUGCUCCUCCUACUAAGAAGCUCAUGAUGUGGAAAGAGACCGGAGGAGUGGAGAAGCUUUUCUCUUUGCCCGCUCAGCCGCUCUGGAAUGCCCGGUUGCUCAAGAUGUUCACACGCUGCCUGACUCCUCUGGUGCCAGAUGAGCUGAGGAAACGUAGAAAGGGUGGUGAAGCGGACAGUCUGGAUGAGUUCCUGAAAGAGCUGGAGAACCCAGAGGUUCCUAGGGAGGAGAUCAUGACUCAGAACAGAGAUGUUAUUGACCAUACUAUCAUGGAGGAGCCCAGCAUACUGGCGGCCUCUGCAAUGGAAGGCAGCAGGACAACUUUGGAUGAAACGGUGAUGCCUCCUCCAUCCACCCCCCGUGGAAGUAAACGGAAGCACGCCAUUGACAAAGAGGGUGCCCUUCCUAUGACUCCCCUGGAGCAGCAGCAGCAAGUGGCUGAGGGCUCAGACUUGUCACAAAGGCUAGACAUGCCUCAGGUUGAUCUGCCCCCAGAGGAGGUCAGUGUCAACCUCACUCAGCUUGUCCCAGAGCUCGACCUUCUCAAUGAGAAGGAAAAGGAUAAGAAGGAUGACAGCGAAGAAGAGGAGGAAGAGGAGGGUCAGGGUGGAGACCAGGAUCAAGAAGAGAAGAGAUGGAACAAGAGAACCCAACAGAUGCUUCACGGUCUGCAGCGCGUCAUGGCGAAGACUGGUGCCGAGUCGGUCAGUCUGCUCGACCUUUGCCGAAACAACAACAGAAAGCAGGCAGCUGCCAAGUUUUACAGUUUCCUCGUCCUCAAGAAGCAGCAAGCCAUCGAGGUCACUCAGUCACAGCCGUACAGCGACAUCAUCGCCACAGCGGGACCAAAAUUCCACCUCAUUUAGACAUGAGAAAAACAAACACUCUGCUUGCAACUGGCAUACUUGCUUCUUUUUUUUAUUUUAUUACUCAACUCUUUGCCUUUUUGUUGUUUUCCAGUAAGCCCAGUUAUUUUCCUUGGGGGGCGGGGGCAGUAGAGGGGUAGGGGUUAAGAACUUUUAAGAAAUGGUUUUACUGUAAUAAAUAUUGAAUCAUGCAGUAUUCUUGGUUCAAACGGAGUGAGGAAUGUUUUACAAGUAUAUUUAUAAAGCAAACCCUUUUUCAGUCACCAAUUUGUAAACUGUACUGCAUAUUUUGUAAGUAAAAUUUCUGUUGUAUUCUCAUUCCACAAGUUUUGUAUCAGUCUCCCCUGUUUCAGCUAAAAAAGUAUGUCUUGAUUUUUAUUAAAGGCCCAACGUAUCACGUUCUUUUUGUAAUGACUAGAUGUUCUGGAAAGGUACUGUUUGAUUGUCCCAAAGUGUGACCUCGCCCAACUUCUCUCUGUUGCUCUUGCUCUCUUGUAAACAAAAAGGUUAAACCAUCAUUAAAUUGGUAAGUCUUAUCUGGCAUUAAAUAUGGUCCGGUUGUAUAAUUCAGGCAGGCUAUCAACAAAAGAUUUAUGUAAAUUUAUUUUUCUUUUUACCUUUUUUUUAUGUUUAUGCUUAUUUGCCUUUUUGCAUUAUGUAACUAGGUAAUGUACUUGUCACAGUAAAGUUCACUAUCCCACCUUGUUAGAUUCUGGGUAACUUCGAGUUGUGAUACAUCUGUAAAGAUUUGAAAUAAAGUGUUUUAAGUACUUA